AUGACUAGUGCAGCAGCUAUCCGGUACGAACUUUCCGAUCAGCACACGUACGAGUUUGUGGAAGGAGCCAUCCCUUGGAAAGCAUCGAACCAAGAUGCAGUUCAUUCAGAUGAAGCGACUUUCACUUGCUGUGAUCCUUAUCAGGCAGACUCAUGCUUGCGCGCAAUCCACGACCUGGACCGAUUCUUCGAAGAUGAGAGCCCUUUCGAUGGCAUGAUUGGUUUUAGCCUGGGUGCGUGCUUGACAAUCACAUGGCUGAAGCAUAAACAGGAGGCGCUCGAAAUGGGAGAAAUAGCCAGGCUACCGGUUCAAGUUGUGAUCCUGUUUGGAGCCAGCCAUGUCUAUGAUUACACGAUGCUAGAAAAGGGCAGCACGGUGGGAUUGAAUCCGAGUCAUCUUGGUCUGCGGUUGGACGUCCCAAGCGUGCACAUAUGGGGCUUGCUGGAUCCAUUGAAAUCAUUAGCACAGCGGACCACGGAGUUUUUUAACCCAGAAAGAUUAUCUAUAUAUGUCCAUGAAAAGGGACAUGUGAUUACUUCAUCCAUAGAAGAGGUUGUUUGCGUGGUGAAGGCUAUUAACCGAGCUAUAGGGGCGAUAUGCCGGGAAUAA